AUUUUACCUGGUGCGAGUCAAUCAGAUCGAGCAGCUGAGCACCUAACAUCCCCUCAAGAGCCACCAGGCAUUACACUUCAAGCCUCACUCCCGCAUCCUGAAAUCGAGGAAAAUCUUACCCACUCAGAGGAAGCCAAGAGUUCGCCACAAAAAGUCCCAGACACAAAUACUGAUUGCCCACCAAACGCCAUCACUAGUAUUUGCCCAAGUGGUACCCAUGAAAUUACCUCCAAGGACAUGAGCUGCGCCUGCAUGCAGUUGGAGAAAAUGACGGCUCUUCAAGCGGACCAGGUGCUCUACGAGUGGCAUUCAACUAGACAAGAGAUGUUAGAUGGUAAGGUGGUGUUAGAUGAAGGCACGAGAACUCCUCUUGACGAAUACGUGGCUAUGAAACCGACAAAAAUCAUUACUGGUGGUCAGGGUACGGUGGCUUGGGUGCAAAACCCAAAAACAUCAAUGCAGUAUGCACUCAAAUUCAAGGCAAGGCAAGAUAUCAAUGACAAAAACUGGAAGAUUGAGCGAAGAGAAGCGAAGAUUCUUAAAAAAUUAGAACAUCCUUUUGUUGUGAACGCUUAUCAUAUGUAUGAAACAGGCACUGCUCUCUUCAUGUUAUUUGAAUACCUAAGUGGUGGAUGCCUUUGGAACCACAUUGCCCGAAUCGGAACUCUUCCAGAAUGCUACGUGACCUACUAUGCCGCCUGCAUUCUAACAGGCCUUUGUUACCUACACAAGAGAGGCAUUAUUUAUAGGUACGCAGAAACCCCAGAAGAAUAUGAAGACCAAAGAUGGGUUAAAAGCGACCACGGUCAUCAGAGAAUCAGCGCUUUGGCGGACUUCUAAGAACGACUGAACCCGCGGCCAUUCCAAGACGGUUUGCUUGAAUUUGAGCAGCCUUUGGAAAACCAGACUAUUUACCUCGAUCCAAAUAGCAGAGAGCCUUCGCACUUUCAUUUGUCUUGUCGCCUCACACAAGGGGAAAGACGAGCCCAAGUGAGCUGGUUCUACAAUGACACACACCGGCUUCCCCUGGCACAGUUUAACACAUCAUUUGAUGGCAGGACAGCACACCUCACUGCUAAAGGUCUCAAAUCCGAAUACUCGGGCAGUUACGCUUGCGAAAUAAGGCUGCCCUGUGGUUCAUCAAUGGCAUACACCCAGUGUGAGAUAACCAUUUUGGAAACUGCAAAUUUGAAUGAUACUCAGCCUGUGAUAUGCGUUGACAAGCCAGACCUUCCCACGCCCCCCUACCCCGGCGCAAUCUGCGGGGGGCCUCAGGUUCCCAAAAACUCCUCCGGAAGUCGCGAUCCAAAGCCCAUUUCAGGAAGUUGUCAUCGCGAUGCCAGGCCCGGUAUGACCUCCUUAAAUCGUCUAAAGUGGGUGGGGCCGCGUCCGACCCCGACUGGUCCCCCUCCGGACGCACACUCCUCGCACCCCACACUGCGAUGCCUGGAGGAAGCUGGCACAGAUUUCGAUGGUGAAUUUACCUCAUCAAGCGACAAAUACUCCCUUCGGCAAAAUUUACCUGUUAAGGAUGCGUUAGGACAGAGUCAACGCCAUCAAUCAGUUUCAACACAGAUCAAAAGUAAUGCUUAUACCACAGCAGAACAGAUCGACCUCUGCACGAUGAUUGACGUCCCAGGUUUCUUUGCCGACGAUCACGACGAAGACUCAGACGUCAACGAUGCCUUCAAGGGCGGACUUCAAAGACGCAGUCAGGAUACAUCCCGCCGAUGCUGCACCUCCACAGCUAACUGCCGCGACCACCGCCCAAGGCCACUGCCUCGAGUUAUCUUCAUUAAUGCGACGCCCCAAGGGGAGAUGCUGUAUCGGGGUUGUUACUGCCACUGCCACCGCUAUCACUGUAUGUACGCUGGUGAUAGGGAAUAUCCGGUUUUUGAUGAAAUUCAGCACAUGCGAAGGGAUUCAUUCUCUAAAACUCUUAAAAGAGUCAAUAAACAGAUUUCAUUUAACCCUGAUCCAGAGUUGUGCUACGAAGAGGAGGCAGACAACGAGGAAGCAGGGUCCUUCUGCAGACUAGCCACAAGUCACAUUCCCGAGAGACGUCUGCUUGGCCUCAACAAAAUGGUGGAUCAGCAAAGUAGCGAGUCAUUUAGGCAACCAAGAAAUAGUCCGAAAUCGCAACCAAGCCCUUCUUCUUACACUACAACGCACGCAACCAGUGUGCCACAGCCGAACCGUCCACCUGACGCCAGUUGGCGUUCAGGUCCAAAAGACCAUCUACCACAGGACAACGAAAUCCAAAGCCCGGAGGCAGCCGCAGCUGCAAAGGAAGCUGUCAAAAGGAUCCUAGAAGCGCGUUACGGGGAUCCCAAGCGCCACGACCCGCCACCACCAAUCCGCAAGGUGAAGCUCACUGUGAUGCAAACCCAACCGACCACUCAAUCAAUCGCCACCACAGUUAACAAGCACCCAAAUGCCCAAAAGUCAUCUGACUUAACUCAAGUCACAACUCUACAAGAGGCAGCGGAGACUGAAGACACUUCGACGUGUAAUAAUCUCGAAAGGGCUGCAAAGGAACGUUUCAUGAAUGCCUUAGCGCGCUUUCAAUCAAACGUCGGAGGGAACUCGGAUACUGAUAAGGACGGAAAGAGUAGACCUGAAAAUCAGCAGGAAUGUUCAGCGGAAGUUGCAACUGCCUCAACAGAACCAGACCUUAAAUACAGGUCAUCGUGGCGAACCAAAUCUAAUGUCAACGUUCACCCGACUUCAAAUUCCUCCGCUGCUUCGACUCAAAUGAUGAAGCCUACUUUCAAUCGUCGGGACUCCGUGAAUCCGGUGCACCAGGGACCCAGUCGAUUUCACCUGCCUGAUGAGCAGCAAUGUUGCACACAAGACCUGACGAUCAACGAGAAUCAAAGCGGGAGAAGCAUGUAUCAUCGCAACUCAAUCAGCGAACAGGACUCAAGCCAGUUGGAUGAGACGGCGGACGCAGGGCCUGAUGUCCACUCAAUUUGUCAGCCAGCCAAAUCUCCCCCCUUUGUUGGGCGAACGAGCAACACCGUCCUUCGGCAACGUGACGUUUCGUCCGUGAGACAAGAGGUCAGCGACGAAGGCCAGUCCAGGUGGCCGUCGAACACAACUCAGUGGCAGCCCAGACGCAGCAAAAUCUUCCGUAACAUCAGUCACGGCAGAUCUCCUAGCGCGUCCAAACGUUUUUCAAUGCGAGAAGGUAGUGAGAGUGGUGAUGUCAUAUCCUACCCGGAUGCAGAUGAAAUAACCGACGUGUCUUUGAAAUUCCCGACAGCCGUCAUAACAGGCGGAGGAGACUCAACAAUAAUCACCGUUCAAUGCUCGGAUGGACUUGUUUUUUUUAGGAAAUACACAAACACACCCCUCAAUCUGCUGGAAAUGAAAAACGUUGUUCUUCAAUUCGUACAAAUGAACACCCACGAAUACUUAAAAUAUGGCGUUAAGGUGACAAAUUUUUCAACGUCCUGGACAGACGGUACUGCGAUUUGCGCGCUUGUGCACCACUUUUUCCCCAACUCCUUCGACUUCCAAGCUGUCCUCUCGGGAAACAAAGUGGAUAACUAUCGGCUUGCAAUGCAAACAGCCGCGGAAGUGGCCAACGUCCCGAACCUGGUGGACGCUGAGGAGCUAUCAAGGAACGGAGUAGCACCCGACUGGAGGAAGAUUUUUCUGUACCUUAGCGGUUUCCUGGUCACGCUUGAGGGCCACCCUUUAAACAGAGCCAAGCUAUCCACACUAAUUCGCACAAGCCCUAGAUAG